GCGCGGUGGUGCGGGCUGGGGGAAGUUGGCUGGGACUGCUCGCUGGCGGGGUGUGGGACUUUUCUCGGCCCUCCCUUCCCCCCUCGCUAUGACUUCAGAGAGGGAAGCGAGCAACGAGGGCAUCAAGUUAUCAGCAGAGGUCAAACCAUUUGUUCCAAAAUAUGCGGAGGUAACAGUGGCAUGGUCAGAACCCUCAGAAGCAUGUGUCUUUCCUAGAUAUUAUACAACAUGCUACCCAAAUGUACAGGAACCACCAGUGGAUAAACAACAGGAAUAUGUUCAAGAUACACCCUGGGAUACUACCACUUCUGUUUCGCAAUAUGCAUCUCAGAGUCUUAUGGGAUGUAGUUCGCUUGGAGAAUACUCCAGUUCUGUACCAAAUAUAUUCACAGUUCCCAGCUUUUCAUGUGAUAAGACCUCUAAGCUCUGCAGCUCUUCUCGACAAAACAGAGACUAUGUCAAACAUACUUCUCUCAACAGAAAAGAGACUGGAAGCGUUGCCAGGAGGCGACCACAACAUGAGGAACCCAAACUGGACUGUAAAAGGCUCGAAGGUAGUGACUUCUCUGGCACAACAACAGGGAGCUCAUUUCAUUCUGCUGUACGUGGUAGAAGUCCCGUUCAAUCAGACAGGCGUGGUAAAGCUGUGAACAGUAAAUACAAGCACAUUCCAAAUACAGAAUCGCUUCCAGAACCUGAAUUUGAAAUUACCCUAUCAGAUUUCCCAAAAUUGCAAAGUCUGGGGAGUAAUGAUCGACUGAAACUUCAAAAAUGUACUUGGGAGGCAUUGAGCUCAGCUGAAGGAGAUAUGCUGCCUUCAAAAUCCACAGGACAACCACAGAUUUCUGCUUUGAUAACCAAAGAGGGAGAAGUAUCUGUGAAAAGGCUGCCCCUGGAAAGAACUUUAAGAAAUUCUUCUGAUACUGGAACUGCUCAGGUGUCUUCGAGUUCCUGUGAUGAGACCCAGGUAUCUUGGGCUACUGUGCUGUCACAAACUCCAAGGAGAACUGUCCGUUUACCCUCCUCUACUGUGGCCAGCAGCCAUUCUGGCAGUGAAGGAAAAGUUGGUGUUCCUGAAGAUCGUAAGUCAGAAACGAGAGAGAAUGCCAGUGGGAGUGACGGUGAAGAGAUAUCAGAAAAGAAGAAGAAAAAGAAGAGGAAGAAAAAGAAGGCCAAAUCAAACAGUGAUAUGGAAAAGCUUCUUAAUAAAAGCACUUUAGUGCAGGAACCUCCACGAAUUGAGGAUGAUGAAGAAUUUCCUGACUUAGCUGCUGCUACUGUUAAAAACUACAAGUUAGGGACUCCAAAGUUCUACUGUUCAAUCCCUACUACCAAGGAUCAGAGUGAAGUAAUCCUAACCAGGGAUUCUGAAUAUGACUUUCAUGAUGGUUAUCCUCACAAUCUUCUGGCAACACCCAAGCCAGAUAUACCACGUGGAAGAAAAGUGGGCAGACAACCUUCAUCCAGUAUAACAGAAAAAAGCAAAGCACAGGGGUCCUCUAAGAGCAGUCGGAAGAAAAGCCAGCUUCCUGUGCAGCUGGAUUUGGGAGGGAUGCUGGCUGCUUUAGAACAAAAACAGCAUGCAGAGAAAUCACCAAAGCCUGUGGUGCUUUCAGUUGGUAGUGCAGUAACAUUGCCUUCAAAGGAUUAUACACCAGUAACAAAAAGUCAUCAGGUACACCAAGAAAAGGUUCCUCAUAACCCAUUGGACUCCAGUUCGCCUUUGGUCAAGAAGGGAAAGCAGAGAGAAGUCCCCAAGGCAAAAAAGCCAACGUCAUUGAAAAAGAUCAUUUUGAAAGAGAGAGAACAGCGGAAACAGCAACACCUUUUGGAUCAGACAGAGAGCCUGAAAGAGAAAAAAGCUGAUCAGCAAUGUAUGGAAUCUACUCCUGAAGAUGAACUACUUUCUCAAGAUACCAAAGCAGAGACUACAGAAGAACCCCCUAUGGAUCUUGUAAUUGUGACUCAGAAUAAUUUAGAAGUCCCUGUGCACUGUACAGAAGUCAGUGGCACCUCUGAAAAUUCCCUUGUUCCUGCACAGCUGAAUUCCACCCUUCCCAAGAUCCACAGCAGAAGAUUUAGAGAUUACUGUACCCAGGUCCUUUGUAAGGAGGUUGACAUCUGCGUAACUGAUCUUUUGAAAGAGCUGGUUCGUUUCCAAGACCGCCAGUAUCAGAAAGACCCAGUCAAGGCCAAGACAAAACGCAGGCUUGUUAUGGGGCUGAGAGAAGUCUUGAAACACCUGAAGUUGAAAAAAUUGAAAUGUGUUAUAAUUUCUCCAAACUGUGAAAAAAUUCAGUCAAAAGGUGGGUUGGAUGAGACUCUGCAUCUCAUAAUUGACUCUGCUUGCGAACAGAAUAUCCCUUUUAUCUUUGCUCUCAAUCGCAAAGCUCUGGGGCGCUGUUUGAACAAAGCAGUUCCUGUAAGUGUGGUGGGAAUAUUCAGUUACGAUGGUGCUCAGGAUUGUUUUCACAAAAUGGUGGAGCUGACAAUGGAAGCAAGGUUGGCCUAUAAAGAAAUGAUUGCAGGUCUACAGCGAGAGUCUGCUGGUGAAGAAAAUGAAAGUGAUUGUACUCAUUCUAAAACCCAUUACGAAGAGAGUAACAUACAAGAUGCUGGUAAAGCACCCUUUCUGGAGUCUGAUGAGGAUGUCCCAAAUUACAUUAAAAUCUGGAAGAGAAAGCUUGAGGAGGAAUAUAAUCCUUAUGUACUGGAGCUGGAAAAUCGGGCAACUGCUGAAAUGCUGUCGUUGGGUUUUGAAGAGCCUCAGUAAAUCAAGACUGCCUUCUCUGGCCUUAUUGGUUUUGUCUCUCUCUUUCUCUGUGUAUGGAUAUAGAUAUGUAAAUACUAAAUUAUCAAAAAUUGAUUAUCCUGUUAAUAAGACAGGGAAUGUAAUCAAGAUGUUUUCUAAAUUAUGUCUUAUUACUUCGUUUCAAAAAAUAAUUACUCUAGAACACAACUCUGGACUGUUCCAGCAGAUCUCUGUCUGCAUUAUUGGGUGUUGAAACUGCUUUGACUGUACUUGGGUAAAGCAGCAUCUGGUUCAUUUGAUGUGCCAGGGGGUUUGUCAAGAACAGAUGCCAGACAUCUUCAGGCCUGCGACAUGCUUUCUGGGACUGCUCAGUGGUAAUUUGGUAUCAAAGCGUUUAUGAAGUAGUCAACUGCCUGUCUUCCUAAAACCUAAUGCAUCCAAGGUGUUGAGCUGCCCUACAGCAACCAUGAGGCAGGAAUUGGGACCAGUGUCUUUUUGGUUUGUCUUGGCCAAACACCCAUAUUGAGUGUUGAAAAAGCCAGCUAGAGCCUAAAAAUAGUACUACUGCUGUAUCAUAAGCAUAAAGAAAGAGUCUAUACAUCCCAAAAA